AUGAAAUGUCCAACUCGUAUCAUUGAUGGUUUAUAUAUUGGAGACUAGAGUGCUGCACAUGUAAAUGAUGUUUAUAAUAUUAGGAUCUAGAGUUCCUGAUAACAAAUAAAAUUAAGAAAAUCAUUAAUUGUGCUGGCAAAUAAAUUCCAAAUCAUUGGGAAUCUAUUGGUAUAUAAUACUUGACCUAUGGCUGGAUUGAAAAUGAUUAUUAGUAUGCUAUAGACCAUUCUCGUUGUUUUUCAUUCAUAAAUGAUACAUUAGAAGCAGGAGAGGCUGUUUUAGUUCACUCAAUAAAUGCUCUCAAUCGCUCAGUCUUUGUAAUAGUUGUGUUUUUAAUGAGAAAGUAAUUAAAUAUGUUUCACAAUUACUAGAUUCAAAUGGAGCUUAUAAAAAACUCUUUAGUAUGUAUAGAACCUUAAAAAUAAUCCUGAAAUAAAAUAAAAUGUGAUGCAACAAUUAUUGAAUUUUGAAAAAUGGCUACUUAUUAGUAAAUUGAAUAACAAUUAGGAUUCCAAUUAAAAUUUUGAUGAGGUUGUUGCAAGAAAUACUUAUUUAAAUAGUUAAAAGCCUCAGGAAUGUGAACCAAGAAAUAAAAGGGAAGUAGGUUCUAAAAAAGUACAAUGGAAUAAAAUCAUCAUAUCAUAAUACAUUCCUCCUUAUUAUUAAAUGUAAUUCAUUUUUGCUAAUUUUAAGCUAAUUCAAAAAUGUAUUAAAAUAAGAACUUGAAUCUUUAAAUCAAGUUUAAAAUUAAAAUACUUAACUUCCUAUAAAACCAAGAAGAUAGACAAUUGAUAAUUGGAUGAAUAAAAAACUAUCUCUGAAUUAAAUUGUUGAUGAAAAAAAACUUAACCUUUUUAACAUCAAAUCUGAUAGGCAAUAAAUAAGACCUUAAUUAAGACCAGGGACUGCUCCAUAAAAAAGACUUGUCAAAAAUACUUGGUAAUCAUAAUCCCAUAGAGUCUUAGUUAAAUAAUCAUGA